AUGAUAGUGAAAAGAUUUCCUAUUCGACCCUUCUUUGAAAAAACUACAGUACAAGACACCUACAAAUGGCCUUUACGUGGUAAAAAUGACACAGUCACCUUUGUAAAUUUGAAUACACAAGGAACUCAGGUGGAGUGUCUCUUGCGCUCUAACAGAUUGAAAGAUAAUUUGACAACGUACGAAAAUGAUUAUAUCAGACCAAAAAAUUCCCCUCCUCUUAUCCUCCAUAAGUCGCCGUCAAUAAAUAAGAAAAAACCAGCGGAUUUUCGUCUUGAAACAAACACAACAACCUAUAAAGAGAUGAACCUUCCAUUGAUGAGUGCCCUUCGUUGUAAUAAGGCGGUUUAUGUGAUUCCAGUAAAACCCCCCAGAACUUUGCCAGACCCGUAUAAAUUGAAGGUUUCUUCGGAAUACAAAAGUUCCUUCUCGAAGAAAAAAAUUGAAAUGGAAGCUGCAUCAUCAAGAACUCCAUCUCCUAAAGGAUUUACUUUCAAAGGAAAAAGUACAAUGAAAACCGACUAUACAUACAAGAAAAUUCUUCCACGCAUUUUAUCUCCCAAAAAAAAGGGGGUAUUAUCACCGGAAACGCGUGACUUUCGUACUACAUACCGUUCCGCACACAAAUAA